ACGCAGUCAGCUGCAGGUCACAUGACCAGCUGCUGGCGCUAACUGAGCAUGCUCAUCCCUCUCAGUGUUGUCAGGCAAAAAAACAAGACGGCAGUGGGAGCAGAGAUCUGCAAUAGAUAAACACAGAAACACAGAGCGGCCAGCUUGAGGCAGAGAGAAGAACACCGACCGGGGAGAGAGACAGGGAGGUAGCCACAAAAUGGGGGAUUUUAGCAUGCACAGUUCUCACUGCUGUUUUAAAAACAUUUUCAUUUGAUUUUCAUUACAUUUUUCAUCCAGGGCUGAAAGAGCAGGGAUACAAAAUUGGGGUUCCCUUUAAGUGGGAAGGUUCAGCACCAAGGACAGCAGCCUCCAUCUUCAUCCACCAUCCUCCAUCUCCAGCUCCUGUAUAGGUACCCUCGUUUGAGAGCAUCAGUGCCAGCCUCAGUCCCUCCGUCUACACGGACCUCAGCUGUUAUGGAUGGGAGAGGCCUAACUCUGUCUGACAGACCCCUAUGAACAACAGACCCAAUGGACAUCAAAGGCCAGUGUUGGACUGACGAGGAAUCAGAUGGGGAGAAUGAGUCGGAGCAGUUCCUCUAUGGCAUCCAGGGGAGCUGUGCUGCUGACCUGUACCGACACCCCCAGCUGGAUGCAGACAUCGAGGCAGUGAAGGACAUCUAUACCGACAGUGCUGUCUCUGUCAGAGAGUAUGGAACCAUUGAUGAUGUGGACAUUGACCUUCAGAUUAAUAUUGGUUUCUUGGAUGAGGAGGUGGCAACAGCAUGGAAGGUCAUCCGAACCGAGCCCAUUAUUCUGAGGCUGCGCUUCUCUCUUUCCCAGUACCUAGAUGGACCUGAGCCAUCGGUGGAGGUGUUCCAGCCCUCCAAUAAAGAGGGCUUCAGUCUGGGCCUACAGCUCAAGAAGAUCCUGAGUACGUUCACGUCCCAGCAAUGGAAACAUCUCAGUAAUGAGUUUCUGAAGGCCCAGCAGGAGAAGAGACACAGCUGGUUCAAGGCUGGGGGAACCAUCAAGAAGUUCCGCGCAGGACUCAGCAUCUUCUCCCCCAUCCCCAAGUCACCCAGCUUCCCUCUGAUACAAGACACGGUUCUGAAGGGGAAGCUUAGUGUUCCAGAGCUGAGGGUGACCCGCCUCAUGAACCGAUCCAUCUCCUGCACCAUGAAGAACCCUAAGGGGGAGCUGUUCAGUUACCCCCCCAACAGCCAGACUGUGGCUGUCCCGGCGGCCAGGGCCCCAGCGCAGAUUACCACGAGGCAGCUGAUUGAAUUGUUUUUCUCAUCCCAGGCGGGCGGCCACUGCAAGAACAUCCCUACCUUGGAGUAUGGCUUCUUAGUGCAGAUAAUGAAAUAUUCGGAGCAGAGGAUCCCAACUCUCAACGAGUACUGUGUGGUCUGUGAUGAGCAGCAUGUCUUCCAGAACGGAUCCAUGUUGAAGCCGGCUGUGUGCACCAGAGAGCUGUGUGUGUUCUCCUUCUACACACUGGGUGUGAUGUCGGGAGCAGCCGAGGAGGUGGCGACUGGAGCGGAGGUGGUUGAUCUGCUGGUGGCGAUGUGCCGCGCUGCUCUGGAGUCUCCGCGUAAAAGCAUCAUCUUUGAACCAUACCCGUCUGUGGUCGACCCCAACGACCCCAAGACUCUGGCCUUCAACCCCAAGAAGAAGAACUAUGAGAGAUUGCAAAAAGCGCUGGACAGUGUCAUGUCCAUCCGGGAGAUGACCCAGGGCUCAUAUCUGGAGAUUAAGAAACAGAUGGACAAACUGGACCCACUGGCUCACCCUCUUCUGCAGUGGAUUAUAUCCAGUAACAGGUCCCAUAUCGUCAAGCUGCCUCUGAGUAGGCAACUCAAGUUCAUGCACACGUCCCACCAGUUCCUGUUACUCAGCAGCCCUCCUGCCAAGGAGGCUCGCUUCCGCACUGCCAAGAAGCUUUACGGCAGCACCUUUGCCUUCCAUGGUUCCCACAUAGAGAACUGGCACUCCAUUCUGAGAAAUGGACUAGUCAAUGCCUCUUAUACCAAACUGCAGCUGCAUGGUGCAGCCUAUGGAAAGGGCAUCUAUCUCAGCCCCAUCUCCAGCAUUUCCUUUGGAUACUCAGGGAUGGGUAAAGGACAGCACCGCAUGCCCACCAAAGAUGAGCUGGUGCAGCGCUACAACCGAAUGAAUACCAUCCCGCAGGUACAGUGUCUGAUGAGCCGGCCCGUCCAGUCCAGGUUCCUCCAGAGCAGGAAUCUAAACUGCAUCGCCCUUUGUGAAGUGAUCACAUCCAAGGACCUGCAGAAGCACGGCAACAUCUGGGUGUGUCCCGUGUCCGACCAUGUCUGCACGCGCUUCUUCUUUGUGUACGAGGACGGGCAGGUGGGAGACGCCAACAUCAACACCCAGGAACCCAAGGUACAGAAGGAGAUCAUGCGUGUGAUCGGCACCCAGAUCUACUCCAGCUAAUGGAGGCUCCCUGGACCCCUGGAGGAACAGCUUGUGUUGGAGGUCCUCCUCUGUGCUCCUGUGAGCCCCUCCCGCAGGCUACACGGAGCUGGAGAACCCGGGGAUGAAUGGAGGCUAACCAUAGCUGGACUGGCUUAUCACACACGCGCGCACGCACACGCACUGAGCUGAAUCACUCUGACUCAUGCACGAACAAACCCACCGGCACACAGACACCGUUUUUCCUUUCAGCCCCUGGUCUGUAAUUUCCUUCUGAGCCACUGUCAGGCCUCAUCCAUUUUCUUUUAUCAGCUGCCGUUUUGGCAAUCCUUCAACUAUUUAUCUAUAUUUAUCAGUUCUCAUUGUGAAUAUCUGCGAGAAGUAAAAAAGAGUAAUUCCAAAUGGUUAUUAUAUCCCUGUGUGUGGACGGGGUAAUGACAGAUCUACAUGCUUAUGAGUUUGUUGUUUUAUUGUGUUUGCGAAGGCAUUAUCUCAAUGACCCGGUUAUUGAAUAUACUUUGACUAACGACGUAAAUCAAAGGUCCGAGAGGCAGUCAGGUGGUGGGGGCCAAGCAAUGUUUCUAGCACGCCUCCCCAUGGAGUAGCCUUUGUGUCUUCAGGUCACCCAGACACAGCAACCUGAAUCCCCCCGGGUGAAUAACCAGAUCAUACACAGCACAGGAGCAUCCAUCACUAGCUAAUCCUAUCUGUCAGCAGAGUGACUAAUCACGGACAGACACAGACUGCCCCCCCCCCCUCCCCCGCACCACCACCCGACCAACCCCCGCCGACCGCCGCCCCCACUUCUCCUGUUUCAUCUAACGGAGACAGUCCAAACGACACCCAAAACGGGUUUUCUCUGGCCUGCGGGUGAUCAACGCCCCGGCUAAUAAACACACAGACGGUCAGGCAGAGAAUCUCAGAGAGCGCGAUGCAAAACCCAUCCUACUCUCAGAGAGACUUGGGCAGUUCCUCUAGGGGACCUCGUACAGCCCCGUAUCCUUCCCUGCCCAGAUGAUGGAUGUAGUGUACACAGAGUAUAGGAUAGGAUUCUGGCCCUAGCCACAGAUCACGGGAUGCUACUGAAGUGCUUUACGGGGAGGGGAAACCUUGUGUAGAAUUUACCCUGUUUAUUAAUUACCUGUAUGUAAAGUAAGUGUGGGUUAUCUGUGUUUUCUGUACGUUGUACUGGGGCAUUGCACAUAUUUAACAUCUGACUAGCCCAGAGAAACUGAGCCGUCACUCUCUCUCUCUAACUCUCACAAACACUGUCCCAAGGCCUACCUGCCAAGUGUUUAGGAAGAUAGGGAACUACAGAAAAAAUUCAAGUAAAACAAAACAAAAUGUACUUAAUAUCCCUUAUGCUAAAUUGUGUGCAGUAGGACAUACGAGCCCAAUGAACAGGGCGACCAAGGCUGGGUAACAGAGAGGCGUCAGGAGGCGUCGAGUUUAACAUUGCAUUGUGUAAAUAUGGCUUGGUGAAGGAGCGUACAGGUUGAUCUGCAUAGUAAAUGGUUGUUUGGAAAAUGGAAUGACUGGGAGCCUCACCUUACAUAGCCUUCGAUACCCAGUCCCAAUUCUGUCAGUAUGAAGGAUCCAUUGACAGGUAAUCCCUGCUGUUCCUCUGCGAGUGGUGACAGUGGGCAGACAUCUUGCUAUUUAGUGGUGUGUUCAAGACGGAGACAACGAUUGGAAAGAUAUGAUGUAAAGAAUGAAUAAAGACAGAUUUUGCACAAUUUUAA